UUGUUCGCAUCCCUGACGAUGAUGGUGCUGUGCUCGGUGUCGGCGGCGAGCGCGCGCGCGUACAUCGGCAGCCUGGCGGACGGCGACGAGCGCGUGUACUCGCGCUGGUUCAUGGGCGCGCUGCUGGCCGCCAUCGCCAGCGCCGUGCCCGCCACGCUCGCCGCCACUCUGCUCUUUGCCUGCCAUAAGCGUAGCACAGUGGCUUUACGUGCAUGGGUGCGUAUAAUGUGCGCGCUGUACCUGGCGGCCAUCUUGUACGUGGUGGGCUCCUUGAUCGCUUUUGGAGCUCACGGCUCCGGCUCCGAUAUAUUCGUGGCCUUCCUCGAGGGGGCACUGUUCUUUGGUAUACUCGCUUAUUGCAUCCUCUGCGUCAACAGCUACUACCUUGUGCUCAAGUGCAACCAGGACAUGGAGGGGCCCCCCAAGACCGAAUAUUAA